AUGCUUCUCCUGCUGCUUCUGCAGCAUCGCUUGCCUGCCGCGGCGGCCGCAGCCUUCUCCAACCCAGCCCUUUCGCAAUGGCUACGCUUCCGUCCAGCUGCACUCCAGGUGAUGUGUGUGCGGCACGAGCGCAUGCACACUCCAGCCACAGUCCGGGAGUCCCCCGGCAAGUGCGGGAAGCACUGGAGCAACUUGGCCCAGGAGCCACCCGCGGUGGAAGCUGCCACAUGCCCAGUGGGAAGCCUCCUCCCGGGUACUCAGGAGCUCCAACCUGGGGACGAGCUGUCUGGCACUCCCCGUGGAAGCAGCCACAGGCAGACCUCCUACGGCGUGGCCCUUUUCUCGGUGCUGAAAGGCCCCGGGGCCAGCAAAAUGGCGGUGGCGGCGGCUGCCGGCGGACAGAGAGCGGAUGGCUCCGCCAGGAGCCCACGUCCCCGAGUCAAGGAGGGGCUCCGAGCAGGGCUUCUGCUAGGGGAGCUGAGCGUAGGGGUUCAGCCGGGGAGUGCAGGAGAGGAGAACGCCUCCAAUCUGACUUUCCUGAGGAAGGGCACACAAGCUCCACAUCAGCACAGAGGGCGGCGUGUUGCUGUAGCUCUCCUGCUACGGAAACCUGCCCUCGGUCAGGGGGCCAAGCGGCUGCGGAGGGAGGCCCGCCAGGGCAGGGACGCCCAGGAGGAGGAGGAGGAGCCCAGGGGAGCCGGGAACCUCUUCGAGGCCCUGAGGCUGGGCAAGAGCGCCACGGAGUCUGUUGUUGAUGAGUGGCUAGAGAGCUAUAAGGAGGACCGGGAGUUGGGUUUCUUGGAACUGAUCAACUUCCUUGUCCAGUCAUGUGGCUGCAGAGGGGUGGUGACUCAUGGAAUGCUCAAGAGCCUCCAGAACUCCCAGAUCAUCCAGCAGCUGACAGAGUCAUUUGAUGAGGACUCGGCAGAGUAUCCGCUGUCCCUGAGCACCCCGGCCUGGCGACGUUUCCAGAGGGGCUUCUGUGAGGUGAUGGCCACUCUCGUACACCACGCCCAGUAUGACGUCGUGUAUGAUGAAUACCUGAUGGACAGCCUCAUUGCCCUCCUGACCGGCAUGUCCGACUCCCAAGUUCGCGCCUUCCGCCACACCAGCACCCUGGCAGCCAUGAAGCUGAUGACAGGCUUGGUGCGUGUCGCUCUGAGCGUCAGCCUGCAGAAAGACAACAGUCAGCGGCAGUAUGAGGCCGAGCAGGCCAAGGGGCUGAAUCGCCGGGCCCCGGAGAAGCUGGAAGGGCUGCUGGAACAGCGCAGAGAGUUCCAGGAGAAACAGGAAGAGCUAGAGAACUUAAUGAAUGCUAUCUUCAAGGGAAUCUUUGUUCACCGCUAUCGGGACCUUGUACCUGAGAUCCGUUCCAUUUGCAUUGAGGAGAUGGGGCAAUGGAUACAGCACUAUAGCGCCUCCUUUCUGACUGACGGCUAUCUCAAGUAUGUUGGCUGGACGCUGCAUGACAAGCAGGGGGAAGUUCGUCUCAGGUGUUUACUGGCUUUGCAAGGGCUGUAUCGCAACCAGGAGAUGGCUUCUCGUAUGGAACUCUUCACCAGCCGUUUCAAGGAGCGGAUGGUGUCCAUGGCACUGGACAAGGAGCCCCAGGUAGCGGUGGAAGCAGUAAGACUUCUCACGCUUAUCCUCCAGAACAUGGAGGACGUGCUCACGGACUCUGACUGCGAAAGCAUCUUUCCACUAGUUUAUGCUUCCAGCCGUCCUCUAGCUGUCGCUGCUGGUGAAUUCUUGUACAAGAAGCUGCUGGCACCAGAGGGGGGAUGUGCCAGGGGAGACGAGGAGCCCCGUGAGGGAGCGCGAGCCUUCCUUCGGCAGCUUCUUUCCUUCUUCAUGGAGAGUGAGUUCCAUGACCACGCGGCUUAUUUGGUGGACAGCCUGUGGGACUGCGCAGCUCCCCUGCUGAAGGACUGGCAGGUGCUGACGGGGCUGUUGCUGGAGGAGCCGCCCGCGGCGGGUUUUAGUGACCAACAAGAAAGUGCGCUCAUCAUGACCUUAGUGGCCAGCAUGCGGCAGGCGACGGAGGGGCAGCCCCCCGUGGGCAGAGCCUCUGGGAAGAAGGCAUUAACAGCCCGGGAGCGCAAGACACAAGCCGAGGACCGCUUGAGACUCACCCAGCACCUCAUCCCACUGCUGCCCCAGUUGUUGGCUAAGUUCUCCACUGAUGUUGAGAAGGUGGUGCCUUUGCUGGAGGCCCCCUGCUAUUUCGACCUGAAGCUUUACAGCACUGGCCGUCUGGAGAAGUAUUUGGAGUUGCUGGUGGCCCAGCUGUGGACCGUGGUUGAAAAGCACACCGACAAGGAAGUGCUGGAGACGGCUGCCAGGACCCUGUCUGCUCUUUGCUGUCCGGAAUUUGCCUUUUUCAGCCGGGUGGAUUCUGCCCUCAGCCGCUUUGUGGACCACCUUGCUGAUAAAUUCCAGCAUGAGGCUGCCGAACUGCUCCAGUCCUCGCUUGCGGAGGAAGAGGUUGCUUACAGCCUGGCUGCCACUCUCAGGCGCAUUGCCGUCUUCCACAGCGCUCACGAUCUGACGCCCUGGUGCCUCUUUGAGCCCUGCAUCCACCUCCUACGCCACGCGGUGGACACAGGCGAGGUCCCCAAGCAGGUGGUUAUUCCUGCCAUGACCUGCUCCCACUUCUCGCUCCUCUGGGAACUGGCCCACUUGUCCAACUCCACCUCCUCUGGGCCCCAUCCCAGCCAGGUGCAGUUGCUCGGCUUGAAAGAGAAGGUGGCUUCCUUUUGCUCCCUCUGCCAAAGCUGCCUUGUUGAUGACGACUCCAGCGUGCAAGAGCAGGCCUUUGUGCUGCUGAGCGACCUGCUCCUGAUCUUUGGGCCGCAGCUGGCGCGAGGGGGGCGGAAGGCGCUGGAGGCGCUGGUGUAUCAGGCCGAGUCUACGCUGCAGUCCCAGCUGUCUGGCUUCCUGGUGGACCACGUCUUCAGCCACGCUGAGGCUUCCGAAAUGGGUGCGGGUGACCUCAAGGACGAGGAGCUCCAGAUUGAGCAGCUGCACCAGCGCCGCAGUAUUCUGGCUGGGUUCUGCAAACUCAUUGUCUAUGGCGUCGUGGAGUUGAGCGCAGCAUCGGAUGUCUUCAAGCACUACGCCAAGUUCUACAGUGAUUACGGGGACAUCAUCAAGGAGACGCUGAACAGGGCCCGUCAGAUUGACCGGACUGAAUGGGCCCAUACGCUUCUUCUCAGCCUGCAGCAGAUGCUGACACAGCUGCUUCUGGAGCAGGGACCAGCAGGCGUAGGAUCCAGUGCUUUCCUGGAGAUCCGAGACCUGGCCCGGCGGUUCUCACUCCUCUUUGGGCUGCAUCGGCUGCAGAACCGCUCCGCCCUCGUCCAGCUGCACAGGGAUGGGAUAAAGUUUGCAUUCCAGGAACCAGCAUCUCCCAGUUCCAAGCUGGGACUCGUCAACUUGCCAUUGCUGGAGUUGCUGAGUGAAUUUUCCCCACGGCUGCUGCAUCCCGACAAAGCCUUGCUCCUGUCCUAUUUAAAGACGGUGAUGAGCCAGGCACACGCCGCCGGCCACCGAGGGGAGCUCUGCUGGGCCUCCGUCGCAGUGUAUCAGCACUCUCUGAGCCCUCAGGUCGAGGCAGGCCCUGAGCCUGGUUCAGCUGCCAAGAAGAGGCUUGGAUCAGCGGCCAAGAGGAGGCGCCUGGAUGAGUCAUCUGAACUGGGCAGCUCCAGCCUCCCCUCCGGCAGCCGCUUGCAGACUCCCCUGCUGACCUCCACAGCCCUGAAGGGAAAGCAGCCGCUCCUCAUGCUCCCGGUGGGAUCUCGGGAGUCCAGCUCUGAAUCGGCACUGGUGCAGAGGCAGCCACCAUUGACUUCUCAGCAUUCCCAUGACGCUCGCCAGAGCCAGCAGGAUGGCAGUGGACUGGGCAGCAGGCUGGAUCGGCUGAUUCUGAUGGAGGACGAAGAGGAAGUGGAGGAGCAAGAGACAAGCGGGGAAGAGGAGGAGGUGGAGGCAGUAAAGCUCCUGGGAUGAGGCGGCUGCAGCGCUUCUCGGAUCGGAGGAGGGCACCCCAAGGUGGCUGGUGAGAUCCGGAGCCCUCCCUCUUCACGAGUUCCUCAUCACACCCUCACCGUGGCUGCCAG